AUGCAACCAUGCCAUGAUGCCACCACGCCAUGGUCCCACCCCGCCACCGACCUCCACCCCUCCUCACCCUCCCCAGUCUUCGUGACGUUGACCUGCGCCUUCCGCUACGGCCGCGAGGACCUGGACGUGCUGGGGCUGACCUUCCGCAAGGACCUCUUCGUGGCCAAUGCCCAGGCCUUCCCCCCGCUCCCGGAGGAGAAGAAGCCUCUGCUGCAGGAGCGGCUCAUCAAGAAGCUGGGCGAGCACGCCUACCCCUUCACCUUCGAGAUCCCCCCCAACCUGCCUUGCUCCGUCACGCUGCAGCCGGGCCCGGAGGACACGGGGAAGGCCUGCGGUGUGGACUACGAGGUCAAAGCUUUCUGCGCGGAGAACCUGGAGGAGAAGAUCCACAAGAGGAACUCGGUGCGCCUGGUGAUCCGUAAGGUCCAGUAUGCGCCGGAGCGACCUGGCCCCCAGCCCAUGGCCGAGACCACCCGGCAGUUCCUCAUGUCGGACAAACCGCUGCACCUGGAGGCGUCCCUGGACAAGGAGAUCUACUACCACGGAGAGCCCAUCAGCGUCAACGUCCACGUCACCAACAACACCAACAAGACGGUGAAGAAGAUCAAAAUCUCAG